AUGAAUCGCUGUCGUAUACAGUCCGAAAUCAGCACUGCUGAUGCCGUACUUUAUCACGGACCAGACUUCACAGGCAAUUUUGGAAGGAUUCGAGACGAUCAGAUUGCUGUCAUAUGGUACUUAGAAUCUCCAAUAAAUUACAGUCCAAAUAAAGAGCUUAUUAGUAGAGUAAAUUGGACUAUGACAUACCGACAAGAUGCUGAUAUCCCACUGCCAUACGGAAUAUUCAAAAAGUUAGAAAGACCACUCGAAAUUAACUAUGAUGAAAUUUGGGUUGCCAAACGAAAAUCAACAGUUUGGCUUGUCUCUAACUGCGUUCAACCCACUGGACGUAUGGAACUCGCAAAUGCUAUGAAAGCUGCGGGUCUUGAGGUUAGAAGAUCGUUUGCACAUCAAGCUCCUAGAACACACCCCGUAGGUGAAGAAGCCUUAGUCUCCGUAUAUUAUGUUCCAAGGGAGUAAGC